AUGGGAUCCAUUGGCACCUCACUCGCUUUCUUUGCUUUUCAGGUCAUGCCUAUUGGUAACGCUAAAGCGAUCAUCUACUGUUCGCCAGUUUUCACCGGAUUCUUCAGUUGCAUAUUCCUUCACGAGGCUUGCACCGCUGUGGACAUUAUUUUAUCCGCCUUAACACUCUCGGGAGUUAUAUUGGUCAUUCAGCCACCUUUCAUCUUCGGUGGGGAAAGUUCAUCCACAAGUAUCCUUGGACCGAUAUUUUGCCUAAUAUUGGCGGCCAUGGUCGGCAUUGUCUUUAUUACCCUUCGCAAGAUUGGCUCGUAUCGGAUCCAUCCUGUUGUUAUCUUGAUCUAUUUCUCCUCGAUUGGAAUGGUACUUAGUGCAGUCCUGGCUACUGCCCUCCGUGAGUGGGUGAUCCCUCAAUGUGGCAGGGACCGUAUACUCCUACUUCUGACCGGUACCUUUCAGUUCAUGUCGCAAAUUGCUCUCACUCUGGCGCUGAGAUACGAGAAGGCGACGAUCGUGUCUCUCAUCCGGACGUGCGACGUCCUCUUUACAUUCGUCCUCGACUAUCUGUUCUUCCAGAUCAUACCGAAUGGCAUCACAAUAACCGGUGCUCUUUUGAUCGUCGGUAGUCUCGUUGGAAUCACCCUUCGCAAAUGGUGGUCUGAAAAGAAGGCGAUGGACAAAGCUUCUGAAGAGCAGAUGCCUGACGAAGAACUUGAUCAAGGAUUCAGUGAUGAUGAUGCGUCUAUAACAGAGAAUCAAGUGACUACACCAUAA